GUCAAGUUUUGUUCGAUCAAACAAAUGAUUUCAUUCAACGAGAUUAUUUUAUCGGAAUUUUCGUUCACUUUACGGACGAAAAUCAAUUUAGACUUUGAAUCGGUUAACGAUUGGACAUUGAAUUUGAGUGUCAUCAAUGCAUAGAAUGUGUAUUUCGGGUUGGGCACAGUCAUCGUUUGAACGCGACACAACAACAUGUUCUUGCUGACAAAUUGAAGAACGUUCGUAUUUACUCAUCCCAUAUCAGCACACAAUUGUCGACAAUGUUUUCGAGUGUUAAAAACUUUCUAUCGCGUCACAAACGGAAGUUCAUUGUGACCGGUGUGGUAGUGGGCGGUGGAGUGUUGGCACUGCAAUAUGCUCAACGAAAAUUGCGCGAAUUCCAAGAGGCACAGACACGCGAAUUCAUACAGCGAACACGACGAUCGCAGCAUUUCGAAUCGACAGAACGUACCUGUAAUCAGGCCAUUAUGGGUGUUGCGCCGGCAUUAUGCGAUAAAAUUUUGAAACGACUGAACACCGACAUCAUACUACAACAGAUUCGUGAGUUGCCCGAAAAUAAAGUGGAGCUGUGGAACGAAUUGAAAGUGCAAGCCUUCACGCGACUGACUACAUUGGUUUAUGCCUGUUCCAUGCUCGUUGUGUCGUUGCGAAUUCAGUUGAACAUAUUGGGCGGAUAUUUGUACAAAGAUACCGUUGCUGACGGUCAAACUGAAUUGACCAAAGAGAAUCAGCAGAGAUACUUGUCGUUGAGUCAGCACCUUCUCGACGAAGGCGUGGAGAAAUUGAUCACCCUCAUCGAACGGAAAGUCCGCGAAGUGCUUGGCCAGUACGAGCUGAAACAGAAUCUCAGCCUCGCCGACACAGAACAGAUUUUUUGGUCCAUACAAAUGGCUGUGAAUAGCGAUGUACAAGAUCCGAACAGCACGCUCGGCAAGUACAUUCUGCAAGACGAACUGGACUAUCCCAACGAAACGGAACUGCUCACCAAAAUGUACACCGAAACGUUGGAUAUGCUUGAGAGCGACGAAUCGUCCAGCCUGAAUACGUACAACGUGAGCCGUGGAUUUUCAAUUGUGAUGGACAGCAUCGCCGACUACUACUAUGAACCGCUGAAAAAGACUGGUAUGGAUAUCGCCAACGAAAAUUCAAUAGCGUUGCCGAGUACAUCGAAAUCCGAUUUGAAUGUCGCCACAACCACAACAGCAACGACCAUGCCAAAUAUAAAUUCGGUUCAAUUGCCGUUGGCCAAAUUGAUACCGAUUGUGAACGGAUUGAGUGGAAAACCGUUUAGUGUUAAUGUUCGGCCAGCUAGCUUGUCUACGUCACUGGUGACGUUGUAUUUAGUGUCGGAUAAGGUUAAAAUUUUGGGCGCCAAUGUGUAUGAAGUAUUUUCUUGUUGAGGAGGACUGGUCGGCACGGCUAUUUGAUUUUUCCUUUUCUUUCUUUCAAUUUUUUUUUUUACUUUGUUUAUACUAUGCAGCUUAGCGACAUUCCUCGACUUUUGCUUUUGAUGAUGCCAAAACCGGGGGUUUUUGGUUGUAUGUUUGGUUUAGCAAUUUUUGUUCGUGGGGGCGAUAACAUGCGUAAUUUAUGUUUUUCUUAUUUUAAUUUACUUAAAUAGAGGGUGAGUUGAAUGGCAAAAUCGAUUAUUUGAAAACUGAAACUUUGUUAAUCACAGAUCAACAGUUUCACGAGAAUAAAAUGCAUUUUUUAUCACAA